AAAUGCGAGCUAUGCUUGACCAGUUAAUGGGCACUGGACGGAACGGUGAAAAUAACAAAUUUCAAGUGAAGUACUCGGAUCCAAAGGUGUGCAAGAGCUUUUUACUGGCAUGCUGUCCACAUGAAAUCCUAUCAUCAACGUUCUAUUUCCAGAGUCUCUGGAAAAAGCAAUUCCAAUCAGAUCCAUUGUACAAUAUUGUUGCGAGUAUUGUCCGCUCAUAUGUCGUGUUGUACUUGUCGCUCUCACAUGCGCGUUACUGUAAGUACUGAAAGCGAAGAGGACGCGGGCGGUUACCUCAGCCCCUCUACCGGUCAACGGUGGCGAGGCUGAGUGUCGAAUAUUAAUUCCGAGACCCAGAAUGGCCUGUAUAAAGUUGGUAGAAAAAUGAAGUUUACUUUGAAAGUAUGCGUGAAAAUCAUAUUCAUCCUCGGAGAUAUAAUGGGGUACAGGAAAUGAAGCAGUAAUCUGUAAGUAAAGACAAUGCGAAUUGCCAAGAAACAAAAAUUUUCUUUUUACCUUUGGCUAAUUAGGAAUUUUCAAAUAUUUUUACUUACAUAUUUUUCUCGUGAUUAUAAUUCAUUCAACGAUAUCUAUGCAAUAAUGCAAUGAAACUUCGAUUGGUCAUUUCGUUAAAUUUUUACCAUAAUUAGCAAUUAGUUAAUUAACAAUUAUCAACGUUCUCUGUUCUCCAUAGUGGAAACGAUCGAUUCGAGAAAUGUUCGAUCGAGAUUUCACUGUACUCGAUACUCGAUCUUCAAGAUCUCGCGCUUCGAUAUUCUCGUUUCAAACUUUCAAAAUGGUUCCUUUAAAUACGAACGAAUAUAAAAAUAAUUCGAAAAGGAAAUUCCUGCACUAAAUAUAAUAUGAUUUUGGCAAUUUGCAACAAUAGCGUAUUAUCCAUGAGGAAAAAUAAAGUGAGAAGUGGCAUGAAGCAGAAAAUGAAAGUGAAAUGGGGAGAAAGAGAAAGAAUUAGGGGGGACUGUGCGGCGUGCCAGUUCUGUUAGAAAAAUUUCCUUCAGCAUUGGACGUGUACGUAUUGAACUCGUUUUCUAAAUGGUCUAGAAUUGAUUCACAUAUGUCAAUUCGUGCCAAACGUAAAUAGUAUAAUAAACCAUUAGGCUGUAAGUUGUUUCAUAGACACUGAACCUUAAGGUGUGUGCUGAUUGUAGCUUCAUUGCCAUCGCAUUGUCGUGUCAGGCGGAGAGGUGUUGCCACUCUGUAAGUGAAACAUAACAAAAUAUUUAUAUGUAAAAUUCCAUUUUUACUUUGUCCAAAUAAACAGAAUUCAAAGUCGCUCUCGGUCAAUCAAUGAAUAUGUACAUAUCUAUGUAUAAACGCAAUUAUAUUCAUUUGCAUAUACAUAUAUAUGAAUAUAUAAUUACCUUGUAAGCGUAUACCGGACAAUCAACCAUUUCGUAAGUUCUUGUAUAUAUAAAGCUGAUAUUUAAACCGUAUCUUUCUGGACAAUUAGGGGUUUUAACUUCUGUCGUUGUUGCGUUCAUUAGUUUUCAAUUAUUUCUUUAAGUUUACCUAUUUGCAAAAAGCAAGCGAGAUAAGAAACCUUGUUCUUGUCGAAUAAGAUUUCACGAAAAGAGCAAAAGUCGGGAGGGAUUAUUAUAAAUAAAACCAAUAAAGUCGUUUUUCCGUUUAAUCGAUAAUAAUCGAUGUUUAACAUUGAAAUGAUUUGUAAAUCGCAGCGCAUGGACCUGGGAGAAUGCCCCCAGAUUCACGACCUGGCCCUACGGGCUGAUUAUGAGGCUGCGCAAAAGAAGAAAGAUCACUUUUAUGACAUUGACGCGAUGGAGCAUUUGCAAAAUUUCAUAGCCGAUUGUGAUCGUCGUACGGAACAGGCGAAGCAACGGCUCGCAGAAACCCAAGAGGAGCUGAGCGCGGAGGUUGCAGCUAAAGCAAACAAUGUCCACGUUCUUGCGGAGGAGAUCGGUAAAAAAUUGGCGAAAGCCGAGCAACUUGGCGAAGAGGGUUUCGUCGAGGAAUCGAUGAAACUGAUGGGCGAAAUAGACGAGCUGAGAAAGAAGAAAAACGAAGCUGAACAAGAAUACAGGAACAGCAUGCCAGCUUCCAGUUACCAGCAACAGAAAUUAAGGGUCUGCGAGGUUUGCAGUGCCUACCUUGGCAUUCACGAUAACGACAGACGUUUGGCGGAUCAUUUCGGUGGGAAGUUGCAUCUGGGAUUCAUUAAGAUCCGCGAGAAAUUGGCUGAGCUUCAGAAAACUGUCGAAGAGAGACGCAAAGAGAAACGGGAAUCGCUGCUCGACAGACGCAGAGAUAGGGACAGAGAUGAUCGGGACAGGGACCGUGAUAGAUCGGAUAGCCGACGUGGAGGUUUGGGUUAUAGAGAUAAGGAUCGCGAGCGUGACCGUGAACGCGAUCGAGACCGUGAUCGUGACCGUGACAGAGAUCGCGAUCGUGACCGUGAGCGUGAUCGUGAUCGGGACCGAGAUCGUGAACGCAGAGACAGAGACAGGAGAAAGUCACGUUCUCGAAGCCGCAGUCGUGGAAAAAGAUCAAAACGUUCCCGCAGUAAUAGCCGUAGCCGUCGAUCCCGUUCCCGUCGUAGUGGGUCGAACGAUCGAAAAAGAUAAAACAGAUUAUCAUUUACAAUUAUGCUCAAUCAUUUUUCUUCGUAUAAAUUCACGUGCUUACUUGUGCACAUUACAUGUAAAAACAGAAUCGCUCGCUAAACAUAAAUUUUCAAUAGAUAUUUCUUUAAAAAUUA